UUGAAAGUAUUUCAUGAGGGUUAUUUAAUAUUUAAAAAUGUCUUCUUUUUUUUUUUUCAUUUCAUUUUUACUUCAUUAACACUCACUGCCAUUGACAGCUAGAGAUGCCUCAAUCUAACAUCUUGAACUCAACAAGCAUCUUUAACCAACAGUUUAAUUUAACAUUUUUGCAUUUGUUCAUAUUUGUUUUGUUCAUAUUUUUGUGUUCAUAUUACUAAGUAACCUGCUGAGUGGCUUUGAAGACUGAAGUUUUGGUCUCCAGGUGGAAUGUUUGCAGAGCGUCUUGUGUUUGGCUGUGACAUACUACAUCUUUCUCCCAUCAAGCUUGUGCCGAUGCUGGACCCAGUGAACUCCUUUCUAAAAGCAGCAAUAUGUCAUGUUUCUAUGGAGAGGAGUAGAUUUUUUCCUUAUACUAAAAGUACCAAAAAUAAGAUGUAAGCUAUUAACAGUCAUCUUUAAGCAUUUCAUUGACCUUGCAUAUCAGAUAAAUUAUGAAGAUUCUACAAUACUGUCAAGCUUGCAUGGGAGUGCAUGUGUCUGCUUGCGUCUAGCGACUGGAUACCGAACUGACCUAUGAGAGAUGGCUGAUCCCGUCGGUACCAAAGGUAGAGCGGAGCUCAGGGGUCACGCUGGCCUGAGCGCCAGAGCUGCCACUUUGACUGGUCCUCCUGUUAAGCUCAAAGUGUGGCCCACGAUGGCACUUUAGAGCGGGACAUCAUAGCACAGCCUGACUUGGAAUAGAUCCAUCCGCACAAGCCCAAGCAAUCUUCACCUGGAGGAAUAUGCACUUAUAGUCGCUUGACUUUUCCAAAUCUGAAAAUGGCAGCCUUCGAAGCCAUGCAGGUGUUUGCGUUACUAGUUGUCAUUUUAGGAUGCACCCAAGGCCAAACAUUACCAAGUUUCGAUCUCCUGGAGGAGUUCCGUGUGUCUCAGUCAAGAGGAGUGAAAAGAGUGGAAGGCUCUGAACCGGAGGUGGUGGCUUACCGCAUCAACCCUGUCAUCCAUCUGCAGAAGACAAUGAGAGAUGUGUAUCCAGAUGGUCUUCCCUCCGACUACUCCGUCAUUGCAACCUUUAAGUUGACAAAGGACAUGGUUAAGAAAUCGUGGAACCUGUGGCAGGUCAGCGCCCCAGACGGUCAAGAGCAAGUGGGCCUACGUUUCCAGGGCGAUAGCCGCUCUCUGGACUUCUUUUACAUCAGCCCCAGUGGUAGCCACAUGCUGAGAACCUUCCACGGUGUGGGGAAGUUGUUUGAUGGUGAGUGGCAUAAAUUGGCGCUGAGUGUGAAGGGCAGCCAGGUGAAGCUGCUGGUAGAUUGUGAGGAGGUCAGUGUGGAAUCCAUCGACGAGCCAAUGCCAGUCAUCCGCCAAGGGUACACCUCCAUAGUCAAGCGAGCCGCGAGAGACCGUUCUUUUUCAGUAGACCUUCAGCAGAUGGACGUAUCAUGUGACCCAGAGAAGGCCUAUUCCGAAGGCUGCUGCGAGCUCUCCAAGGUGUGUGGAGGUUAUGCGGAAAUCGGUCUGACAGCAGGAAGAGCAUCUUGCAAAUGCAUGCACGGACAGCCAGGCAUCCAGGGACGUCCGGGCCCACAGGGCCACAGAGGUCUUCCCGGAAGAGACGGCGAUUCAGGAAAACUGGGAAACUGGGGCAUCAGGGGAAACACAGGAGACUAUGGCGUCGUGGGUGAGCCAGGCCCUAAGGGCGAGAUUGGAAGCAAAGGCGAGAAAGGAACGAGAGGUCUCUGGGGCCCUGCGGGUGAGCGAGGUACAAAAGGGCUGAAGGGCUUGAAAGGGGCAGCGGGAUUCAAGGGUAUUCGUGGACCCUCUGGAGACAUCGGGAAUACUGGGAGGCAGGGAGAAGUUGGUACAAAAGGUGAAAGAGGAUAUGAAGGGAUUGCUGGGUUUGAAGGAGUGAAGGGUGAGAAAGGGAGCACUGGUCCAGGUGGGAACACUGGACCUCGAGGAGAGCAGGGUAUUGUAGGAGAUCCAGGGGAGCGGGGGACUGCUGGAGAGAAGGGGCAGCCUGGGGUCACGGGCCCUCGUGGUAGAGAUGGAACCAUAGGACAAAAGGGCAUUAUUGGCGAUCCUGGAAUACCUGGCAGAGAUGGAGAUAUUGGAAUAGAGGCUUAUCAAGGACCACAAGGUCGGAGUGGAAAACUCGGACAAAUCGGCUCAAAGGGGGAGAAGGGAAGCAUGGGAUUAGUGGGAGAAAUGGGCCCUCAAGGUCGAACUGGUCCAAGAGGUUACAAAGGCUCUGCGGGGAAACCGGGAAGACCAGGAUUUAUUGGUCCACCAGGACCUAAUGGACACGUGGGAGUAGCUGGAAAACAAGGAAGCAAGGGUGACACAGGAAUCCCAGGAAUUCAAGGAGUCAAAGGCGACCAGGCACAGAAAGGUGUCAAAGGACCAAAAGGAAGGGUUGGAGACAGAGGGCAGCCGGGUCCUCAGGGAGGACGGGGCAAGCGUGGCCCAGCGGGUCCGGGUGGACGCUCAGGUCCCGUGGGAACCAAAGGAGUGAGAGGUGAAGGCGGACCAGAUGGUUUUCAGGGGCCCCCAGGUCCCCCGGGUCCGACGCUGCCGGCUCAACAUGUGAUCGAGGUUUGCAAGAAGGUGGUGCUGGAGCAGAUGUCCACCUUUGCCAACUCAAUCAAGAGGACGUGUGCCGCAGUGUGUCCUCUCUACGGGGACGUUCCCAUGGGUGCCCCAGGUCCACCCGGGCAGCAAGGCCCACCUGGACCUCCUGGUGAUCCUGGAAGAGACGGCGAUCCUGGAGAAGUCGGCCUGCCAGGAUUUUAUGGUGAAGCCGGAGAUUCGGGCCAGCAAGGAGGGCCAGGUGAUAGAGGAGAGCAAGGUGAUAAAGGAGCCAAGGGUCAUGGCCUACCUGGCUACACUGGAGAGCAAGGGAAUAUGGGUCAGCGUGGACGUCCCGGCCGGGUCUUUAAUGGACAACCAGGGAAGCCGGGUGAGCGGGGACAAACCGGCCUGCCUGGAAUCAGGGGCCAUGCGGGUCUCAGAGGGCCCCCCGGUGUUUGCCUCACCUCUGGGUGUGCUCUGCUCACUUCUACAAGUCCAGCACCUCAAGUUGCUCCUCAGGGUGCACCCCCGCGAAGGUUCAGGAACCGCCAGUAAUGGAAAAGAUCCCGUGUGGACAGUGGAAUAUUGAAAGGACCAAAAAGUGUUGGAUUCAUUGUCAUGUUAAUAUGUUGUCAUCCAAAAUAGAAUUGUUAAUGUAAAUAUUCUUAACUGAGGCUCAGAUUUUUUUUUGACCAUAUGAACAGAUUAACACCCAAAAAACACCAAUGUGGGAUGAUAUUGUAUGUAUAAAAAUGAAAACUUUAUUUGAUUUUAUUUAAAUGAUUUCACAAUCUGACUUUUCUUGAAACAUCUUUUCUUUAUAAUAAAAUUAAACAAAAAAAAUA